UUGCGACAUCAAUCAAAAGACUUUGCUUCCCUGCCCGCUCUCCUUUUCUCUUCAUACCACUCCAUCUUACUCCACACACUUGCACCCUCUCCACAGAUCGUAUCGAGAGAUACUCAUAUCUCCCUCUGUGACCGCAUUUCAUUCCAUUUCUUUCAGUGAUACCCAAGCGCUUCCAUUCGUCAUCAUGUCGUCCCAAGUCAACAGACCUACCAAUGUCAAAGCCAAGGAGGAGGAUGUCAAUCGCAAACUCCAGUUCUACGGCAUCUUCGCUGCCUUCCGAGCUGGCAAAGUCCCAUCCAAUGAGCAAAUCGAUAUCGCCCUCAACAGUUUCUUAAAGUCCAAGGCUCUCGCCAACCCAUCCCAAAAGCUCUCGACCGAAGGUCGUGCUUUGGUGGCCGAUUUCCGCGAUGUUGUCGAACAAGCUAAAUACCUCCUCCUUACCAAGAACGAAGGCAACCUUCUGCAAGAUUUCAUCUGGCAGUCGCAAAAGAUCACUGGGGCAGACGCCUCCCUCCCAAAUGCCCCGGUUGAUAAGGAUACCGCCAAGCAGCAUGGCAACCAGGCAUUGGAAGGUCUACGCACACUCGGUACAUUGAUCAUCACAAAUGGCCAAUUCAGAAAGCUCUUGAAUGAUGCCACCAUCCUCAUCCGCGAUAUUGCCGGUGACGCCGCCCAGAAGGCAGCUUCGAAGGUCAACCCAUCUGACGAGGCAUUGAGCCAAAUCGACAAUCCUGCUGAUGACAACACCUGGCAUGAUACCCCUGAUCUAUCAACCGGAAAUAUCAAGCAACAGAUCAAGUCUACAUACAGCAAGAACGCCCCAAUCAACAAGAAUGACCUUCAGGAUGCUGUUGGAGAUGCUAGCCAAGCGGCACACCCAGAGGGUUCUCGUAACCCCGCCGACACCGCGGAUUUGGCCAACCGAGAUCAGCACAAGGGUACUAGCUCAGGUCUUGACGCUCAGUCUGGACUACAGAACGGCGCAGCCACCCUUAAACAACGUACCUCUGAUAAUAUCCCAGAGGACAAAAAGGACAAGGCCCGCGAAACCAGAGAGCGCACCAAGAACUACCUCAGCAAGAAGAUGCCCGAGGAGCGCCGUGAGCAGACCAUCUGGCGUCUCAAGAAGCUCGUCAUCGAGAUCCAAGGACACCCCGAUUAUGAACAAGCCAUCAAUACUCUACUCAACCUGGCUGAGACAUAUGCUGGUCACGCCAAUACCGUUGGCCAGAAUGCCACUGGCACUGUUAAGGAUGUUCACGGAGACGAUUCCUUGAAGCGUGCUGAGGCUGACUUGAAGACACUCAUCGAGCGAUUCGCCAAUGGCACAUCCACCAAUGACUUCUUCGACGCCAUCAACAACAUCUACAGUGAUGCUGAUAAAGACCCUGAAUUGAAGUCCUGGUUCAAGCAGAUCGAUGCUUACAUCAGAAAGUGCCUCCAACAACAAGGCUACAUUAUGGAACCCCGUGCUACAGAUGAAUGGAACAAGCUAUAUGACCACGGAAAUUUCCUCCUCCGUGAUCGUUACCGCAACCACACAGACCGUAUCGUUGACGAGAUCAAGUUCCUCGCAGACCAAUUCGAUGCUGACCCAAUGAACAAGCGUUUCGGCGAAUCCAUCAACAAGUUGUUUACCGACCUCGGCAAUGAUGAGAACGGCAAGCCAACAUUCAAGCCGCACUUGGUCAAGGAUCUCACAGAGGUUAUUCUUCCCGCCGCUUUCGAAGGCAUCCGCUACGUCCCGAUCCCAAGAAUCGAAGUUUCUGAUCCUCAGAUCGAUGCUGUCGUCGAGAACUUGGUCAUCGAAAGUGACAACCUGAUGCCGAACAUGGUCGAGAUUGCAAAUGACAACUACUUCAGAUGGGGGCGAAAGAAGAUCGCCAACAAGAACCAAAACUCGAUUGAAUUCUCCGUAUCUGGCAUUCAGAUGGACUUGAGAGAUGUCUCAUACUAUGUCAAGAGAAAGCAGGGUUUCCCUAGCAUCACCGAUCUUGGUGUUGCCAAUAUCUUCCUGGGUGGAUCUGGACUCAGCUUCAAGAUGAAGUUGUCAACCGCCGACAAGUCUGACCGCCAGAACUUCUUCAAGGUUGACAAAGUCAGCGUUGAUGUCAAGAACUUCAAUAUUAAGCUCACAAAGUCUAAGCACAAGAUUUUGUUCGCUUUUGCCAAGCCAAUCCUCUUGAAGGCUCUCCGCCCUGCUUUCCAGAAGGCUAUCGAGAAGGCCAUUAAGGAUCAAGCACACCAGCUUGAUUCCUAUGCCUAUCAAAUCAAGGUUGAGGCUGAUCGCGCUCAACAAGAGGCUUUGGAGAACCCCGAGGACGCACCGAACAUUUACAAUCGCUAUGUCCAAGCCAUGCAAAAGAAGAUCUUGCAAGGAAAGCAAAAGGCCCAGGCUGCCGGUGAAAGAGCUAGCCAGGCCAAGGUCAACAUGGCCAUCACCAAGCAGGACUCAAUUUUUCCCGACAUCCAUCUUCCAGGUGGUAUCUCCUCAAAGGCUACCGAGUACAAGGAGCUAGCAUUGAAGGGCAACGACUGGCAAUCCCCAAUCUUCAAGCUCGGCUCUGCUUCCACGACCUCGGACAUUCCUCACGCCCCUCAAGUUACCCGCAAGGCCCACAAUGUAACUGAAGGCGGCAUCCAAGGCCCCCAAAACAUCGGCAAUACCAACUCCAUGAGCAACCAGCUUAGCAAUCGGGCCGGCACCACCAACGGCUCUGCCACAACCAGCUCUACGGCGUACGGCACUCAAGGCUUCAGCAACCAAGUUGACCAAGUCUUCAGCAAGGAGGGAACCCCCAUCGGCGCCACGAAUGGCAAGACCAACGGCAAGACGACCCUCGGACAGAACAACCCUGUCUACUCUGGUACUGCCUAAGCAGUUCGGUGAUAAUAAAUGGGUCCUAACGGAACGGCCUCAGAGUCCUUUCUUUCAACAUGGGGGAUUUGUUUCUUUGAUGAUACCACUACAGCGAAUACCAAUAUGAGGCUGCGUUCCCAUAAUGGAGGGGAAGGGGAUGGAUAUUCGUCUUUCACACGUAAUUAUUUCAUGAGUACCUUGUUCUACAACAUUUCUUGAGACAUUUAAGCUAUGCAUCUUGUCUAAGGGGUUGGAUUAGGGGUCAGGUGGUUGGUAAACGGAAAGAAAGAAAGAAAACUAAAUUGUGCUUUUUAUGAAGCUUUGCUAGCUUCCGGUUCUUUUCAACUGCAUAGGAUAGGUGCAGUAAUAAAAGUGCCUUUAGCGACAUGACUCCCUUCAUUAUGAC